GCUUGCAAAAUGGUUUUUGGUGUGACCAUUUUCUCAGACUGAAGCUUUAGUAACAUGCCUUGAUUUCUGAGGCAGAGAUGCUAACAGCACGUGACAUGUUUCCUUCUGCUUCUUUACUCAAUCCCAAAUCUUCAUUAGAUUUUCAUUCCCAAAGUCCCUUCCUUUUCUUUUCUCUUUUUGGCACUCCCUUUUUUGCCGGCAGCUGUUUGCUUAAAAUCAAGGGUUUGGUCUUAAACACCUUACAGAUUCAAAUGCUUACCAUCAUUUAUUUUUUUCCCCUUUUAAUAAUGUUUAAUGGAAGUUCAAACCAUAGUUCCCAAAAGUUGAACGGAGUUGAAGUUUACCAUAAUCAAAGCUGUUGUUGUAGCUUAAUUAUUGAAACCCACAUGCACAUAAUAGACCAUUACACAUUUAUAAAAUAUAAAAAUAAAAAGAUUUGAAGAAAAUAUUCAAAGAAACAAGAGAUGGGGCUAUUAAAUUUGUCUAAUAUCUAGAUUCGAAUCACUUUGCUCCUAAAGCUAAAAACAUAAAAUUAUUACUGUAAAUAAAUGCAAAUUAUUUAAGUGGCAAUUGGUCUCAAUUCCAGCCCUAGUGGCCAAGUACUCCCAACAUAACCUUACCGUAGUCAGUGUCUCAUCUUUCCCCUAUUGUCACUCUGAAAGUCUCACUUCCCAUUGCUCUCUUCCCCACUCUCUCACUUUUUCUAAACCAGAUCAUGUUUAGUGGCUCCCCUGGUAAUUUAACCAAAAUCUAAACCCAUUUCCACUAACCAAAGUUUUCUGGUUUCAUCUAUAAUAGACACCCUUAUAAAGUCACACUCACAAGCUAUCUAUAAAACCAGGCCUCCUCUGCUCCCUUUUCUCACUCUUUCAAACCCCAAAAACACCAGCACAGUGGCUUCCUUUGUAAUUUAAGCACGUUCCGAGCCUGUUUUCCCCUCUCCAAGCACUAAACUUUGCUUACUUCCCCUAUAACCGGCAUCAAAAACACUACAAAACUCUCUUUUCUUUUCCUUCACUUCAUCAAGAGAAAAGAACCCAGAAAGGAAAACUAAACCAGUGAGAAACAACACAAUGCAGCAAAGGCAACAUUUUCUUCAUCUUCUCAUUUUCUCUGUUUUUCUUCUCUUCCAAACCUCAAAUGGCCAUAACAUAACACGUCUACUAGCAAAGCACCCAUCUUUAUCAACAUUCAACCAUUACCUUACUCUCACGCACUUAGCUCAAGAGAUCAACCGUCGCACAACCAUCACUGUUCUUGCCUUAGACAACACUGCCAUGUCAUCUCUCUUAGCUAAAAAUCCUUCCAUUUACACCUUGAAAAACAUCCUUUCCCUUCAUGUUCUUCUUGACUACUUUGGUGCCAAGAAGCUUCACCAAAUAACCAAUGGCACUGCACUAGCUGCUACUAUGUUCCAAGCUACUGGGGUGGCUCCAGGAGUCUCAGGAUUUGUUAAUAUAACCGAUUUUAAAGGUGGGAAAGUUGGUUUUGGAGCUGAAGACAAUGGCGGAAGUGCGGAUUCCUUUUUUGUUAAAUCUGUUGAGGAAAUUCCUUACAAUAUAUCUGUGAUUCAGAUCAGCAAGGCUUUGCCUUCUGCUGUAGCUGAGGCACCUUCUCCAGGGCCAAGUGAGCUGAAUAUUACUGAGAUUAUGUCAGCACAUGGAUGUAAAGUGUUUGCUGAUACUCUUUUGGCAAAUCCUGAAGCCAUGGGAACAUAUGAGGACAAUGUUAAUGGAGGAUUGACUGUGUUCUGCCCUCUGGAUGAUGCAUUUAAAGCCUUUUUCCCAAAGUACAAGAACUUGACAGCCUCAGGGAAAGCAUCUUUCCUUGAAUUUUUUGGUGUGCCAGUGUACCAAUCUUUAUCCAUGUUGAAAUCCAACAAUGGACUCAUGAACACAUUGGCUACAGAUGGAGCUAGCAAGUUUGAUUUCACCGUGCAAAAUGAGGGCGAAGAAGUGACACUAAAGACCAAGGUCAACACUGUCAAAAUAACUGGGACUUUACUGGAUGAGCAGCCCGUUGCAAUUUAUACAAUUGAUAAAGUCUUGAUGCCUAGAGAAUUGUUCAAGGCAGCUCCGACUCCAGCCCCAGCCCCAGCCCCAGCCCCAGAGGAGGCAGCAGAUGCACCCAAGGGAUCCAAAUCCAAAUCCAAGUCCAAGUCCAAGUCAGCAGCGACACCAGCAUCAGAUGCACCGGCUGAUUCACCAGAUGGUGACGCAGCUGAUCAGACAGCUGAUAAUAAUACUGCUGUGAGUUUUAUGGGUGGAAGGUUUGUUGGUGUUGGAUUGAGCUUCUUGUUUGUGUUUUUGCUGCUGUAAGUUUUCUAGUUUAAUUUUGUCUUCCUUUUUUCAUUUCAUUUUUAUAUUCUGGAGAAAUAAGUGAUGCCUCUUAUUGCCAAAUUUAUUACUUACCUUCAGCGUGGUUAGGUUUUUUUUUUUUUUUUUGAUAUUGUUUUGGUGUCUGAUGAGUUUUCAAAGUAUUUUCUUUUGUGUUUGAUAGAUUAAGGUUUGUUAUUUUCUUUUUGCUGGAUGUAAGUUUGAUUAUUGUUUAUUGUCAAAAGACAGAUCCUUUAGAUCUAGUAAUACACGGUUUAUGCCAGCAGUUUUGACUUUUGAUGUUCUUCUCUUCUUAAUUACAAACUCAUUUAUGAAUGGUUCACAUGAUCAUAUAAGUAAAACGGCAGCAUUUAAAGGAAAGACCAAGCUACAAAAUGGUAGAUCACUAGAUGAAAGGAUCACCAACCCUUCAUCUAAUCAUCUUUGAAUUUUGAAUCAAAGAAAAAGGGAAUUACAAAAUCUUAGCUUAUUGUACAUGUCAAAAGGGGGAUGUUCAAGCCUUAGAUUGCUUUUAAGUUUUUAGGGGUUAUUACUUAUCAUACAUUAAUCUACACUGCCUAUGGAGGUAUUUUUAAUUGGUUUCAAGACAGACGUGCUUUGUUUGUAAAAGACCAAAGAAAAUACCACAUCAACUGAUGAAUUCAUAAGAAUUCCCGAAGGAUAGAUUCUUCCAAUUACGUCAUGUGGUCUGGUCUUCUGAUAAAGGGGACAGGGCCACGGGGGAAUCUAACCCAGUCGAACGUACCGUUAGUAAUAAGUAGAGCCCGCACCGGAUAGCAAACAAUGGCAGGGAACAAAGACUUAAAAACCUCAUUAAGCCAUUUGGCACGAGUCCCACAAAUCUAGGAGUUUCUAAGCAAAGAGUAAAAGAAUUGCAGUACCCUACGGGAGGAUAAAAGUUUGUGAACAAGUAUAAGAUAAAGUUUUCUAAUCCUUGGCAUUGUGUGAAAAGUGAAGUCAGAAAGCUAUUUGGAUCCAAGUUAAUAAAGGACAAUACAGUCUGCCAGGUGGUGAAUGAAAACUAAGAUGUUUCUGCUACUUGGCAGACAAUACACUAGUGCCUUGCAUCACAAAUAGGUCGAAUUACCCGUCAAAGAUUUAAACAAAAAAUUAUAACUCAUUAAAUGAAUUUGGAUAUAACUUUU